AUGAAGUUUCCCGAUUUAUCGAUGUCAAAUCCUGUUCGACUUCGUGAUCUUAUCCGACAAAUACGUUCAGCUAAAACAGCCGCAGAAGAACGUGCUGUGGUACAAAAAGAAUGUGCCUAUAUAAGAGAUGCAUUUCGUGAUGAAGAUAAUACAUGGAGAUGUCGUAACGUUGCUAAAUUAUUGUACGUUUCAUUACUUGGUUAUCCAGCACAUUUUGGACAACUUGAAUGUCUGAAACUGAUUGCAUCAACACGUUUUACGGAUAAACGUAUUGGUUAUUUAGGAGCAAUGUUAUUACUCGAUGAACGACAAGACAUUCAUGUGCUUAUCACAAAUUCUCUAAAAAAUGAUCUCAAUCAUUCAAAUCAAUAUAUAGCUGGUUUAGCAUUAUGUACAUUAGGUUCAAUAUGCUCACCAGAGAUGAGUCGUGAUUUAGGUGGCGAAGUUGAAAAAUUAACAAAAUCAUCCAAUCCAUUUAUAAAGAAAAAAGCUGUUCUUUGUGCUGUCCGCAUAAUACGAAAAGUUCCUGAACAAUUUGAUAUUUUUCAAAAUUCAGUUCGAAGUUUACUUAGUGAAAAAAAUCAUGGUGUUCUUCUUGCUGCUAUAACUCUUAUUAGUGAAAUGUGUGAACAAAAUCACCAAGCUUUACAAAUAUUUCGAAAAUUAGUUCCAAAUCUUGUUCGUAUUCUAAAAAAUUUAAUUAUGUCAGGUUAUAGUCCAGAACAUGAUGUAUCAGGCAUAAGCGACCCAUUUUUACAAGUACGUCUUCUACGCUUAAUGCGUAUCUUAGGUCGUAAUGACAUAGAAGCAAGUGAAGUUAUGAAUGAUAUCUUAGCACAAGUAUCAACAAAUACCGAAAAUAGCAAAAAUGUUGGCAAUGCUAUUCUAUACGAAACGGUUUUAACAAUUAUGGAUAUUAAAUCCGAAUCUGGAUUAAGAGUUUUAGCUGUUAAUAUAUUAGGACGAUUUUUACUCAAUACCGAUAAAAAUAUUCGUUAUGUUGCUUUAAAUACACUUUUACAUGUUGUCCAGGCUGAUCAUAGUGCUGUGCAACGACAUCGUGCAACAGUUGUUGAUUGUCUCAAAGAUGCUGAUGUAUCAAUUAAACGACGUGCAAUGGAAUUAUGUUUUGCACUUAUUAAUUCGAAUAAUAUUCGAACAAUGAUUAAUGAAAUGUUAACAUUUCUUGCAACUUGUGAACAAGAGUUCAAAGCUGAUUGUACAUCUAAUAUGUUCUUAGCUAUGGACCGUUUUGCACCAUCAAAACGAUGGCAUGUCGAUCAAAUGAUUAAAGUUCUUACAACGGCUGGCAAUAGUGUUCGUGAUGAUAUUGUAUCAAGUUUGAUUGGUAUUAUAUCAUCAUCGCCGGAUUUACACGGUUAUACAGCACAACAACUAUUUAAAAUGAUUCGAAAUGAUAUAACUCAACAACCACUUGUUCAAGUCGCAUCUUGGACAUUAGGUGAAUUUGGAGAUUUAUGCGUGAAUGGGCAAUAUGAACGUGCAGAAGACGAAGAAAAUAUACAAGUUACAGAAGAGGAAAUAGUUAAUAGAUUAGAAAAAAUUUUAAAUUGGUCAAUAAGUACAGUUGUUACACGUGAAUAUGCAAUAAAUGCGCUAAUGAAAUUAAGUACUCGAUUUCCCACUUGUUCCGACCAAAUACAAUCCAUGAUGACUGUUUAUGCUUGUAACAUGAAUUUAGAGUUGCAAACGCGUGCAGUCGAAUACACAUCACUUUUUACUAAACAUAACCAAAUCAGGUCGAGUAUUGUCGAACGUAUGCCUGUUCUUGUCAAUAAUCAAACAUCAACUACAAAUAAUGAAGAACAAACAUAUGAACAAGAAGAAUCUUCUUUGGCCAGCAAACCUAACUUUCAAACAACAUCGGAUGUCAAACAAGAGCCGGUGGCAGAUCUAUUAAAAAUUCUCGAUGAACCUUCCACAACACAUACCAGUCAUGAAUUAUAUACUCAUGAUAAUAUUUUUGAUGUAUUAAGUUCUCCAAUUGAACAGCCAAUCUUAUCAUCGAAUCCAAUUGAUGAUAUUUUUGGUAAUAAUCUAUUAAACAAUCAAACGACCAGUUCUAAUGGUAUAAAUUCAUCUAUUCCACAAAUGACAGCUAUUGAUAAAAAUGGUCUACGCAUCAUAUUUCAAUUUGAAAGAAAAGAUAAAAACUUAUUUAUUCAUUUACAAGCAACGAACUCAGCAAAAAUACCAAUAACAAAUUUUGUUUUCAAAGCUGCUGUACCCAAAACAUUUAAUCUUGAGUUACUGCCUCCAACUGGUACAACAAUUCCAUCCAAUAAUUCAGGCGAUGUUCGUCAAACAAUAAAAAUAUUGAAUCCAAAUAAGGAAAAACUUCGCAUGCGCAUUAAACUUAAUUAUUCUUUUAAUGAUUCGACACCAAUAAGUGAUGAAGCAGAACUCAAUGCAUUUCCUGAACAGUGCUACCAUUAA